AUGGCUCUUCCGAGAGGGGUUCUUGAACUGGACGGUAAGACCUCCCGGGAGUCAGGAGCCGAGUUAGGCUUCGGAUUGACCCCCGAGGUGCAGACGGGUGGGGUCGGUGGCCUCCCGGCUCCCAGCUUUCGGGGGCGCGUCCGCACAGGGCACCGCCCACCUUGGGGGCCUCAGGUCCAGGCCCGUCACCCUCCCCGCCCGACCGCCCCCGAGCCGCGGCGGGCGGGCAAAGCCUGGGGCCCGGCUGAGCGCGGAGGAGGGCAGCGAGCCUCCGCGCCCGGGCCUCGGGUGCCCGCCGCACGCCACGAGGGCGCGGGGGAAACCCACUACUUCCCGCCCAGGAACGACGCCCAGCUCCUGGCUCCGGCUGGGGGGUGUUCUCGCGAGAGGAGAGGGGGCGCGGGGAAGCCCGCGGACGUGGGCCUGUGGGGAGGGGGCAGAAGCAGCGGGCCGGCCGGGGACGCGGGGAAACCGCUCCCGCCAGUCGCGGAGCGCCAGCCCCUGACGUCAGGAGUUUUCCUCAAAGUCAACAACAAGCCCCGCGGCGGCGGCGGCGGCCGCAAGAGCCGAUCGGCGGCGGCCCCGUGGGGGAGGAGGGGGUGGGGAGGCGGCGGCGGGGCCCCCAGCGGGGCGCGGCCCGAGAGGAGGCCGCAGACCCCCGACCUGCUCCGGGCCGCCGGGGCCCUGAGCCUCCGCCCGCCGCCGCCGCCGCCUCGCCUCGCCGGCGCGACCCGGCCCCCGCCCGAGCGGACUCCGCGGCCCGGCCCGGCCGGCUCCCUCCCUCCCUCCCCUGCAGCCCGCCGCCUGCCCUCCCGCCGGCCGCACCGGGCUCCAGGGGGGCCAGAGGCUCUGCGGGGUGGGGGGAGGACAGGAGGGGAGGAGGAGGGAGGGGGACCCCCGAGUCGCCCCCUCUCCUCCCCCCGCCCCCCGGCUCCAUCCUCUGCCGCCGCCCGAGCAGCUGCGGGGCCGCCGCCGCCGCCUUUGCAGGUAACAGCCACCGCCCCCCCACUCUCGCCCCCUCCCAGCCGCGCCCGCACUCCCUCCGGGCCCCCCUCGGGCGGGGGCGGCGGUCGGUGA